CCGCAGGCGAGCGAAGGGAGGGACCAAGGCCAGGAGCCCUACAGUUACGCCAUUCACGCGUAGGGAAAUACUAACCAGACAGCGGUGCAAGCCAAUCGCAAUCAGUGCUCUGGAAGCAGGGAGACUUGGGUGGAGACUUCAGAGACUGCAGUUGCAGUUCCAAAUACAGAUGGAAUUGGCUAUGGAUAAUUCAUAUGAUUUCAACAUACGAAGCUCAUGUAAUGGAAUUCCAUCUGAGAAGAAAAACAACUUCCUUGUGUCUGAAGAUCAUGGACAGAAAAUCUUAAGUAUACUGCAGAAUUUUAGAGAGCAAAAUGUCUUUUAUGAUUUCAAAAUAAUUAUGAAAGAUGAGAUAAUCCCAUGUCAUCGUUGUGUGUUAGCAGCAUGUAGUGACUUUUUCAGGGCUAUGUUUGAAGUAAACAUGAAAGAAAGAGAUGAUGGAAGUGUUACCAUUACUAAUUUGUCCUCCAAAGCAGUAAAAGCAUUUCUUGAUUAUGCCUAUACUGGAAAGACAAAAAUUACAGAUGAUAAUGUGGAAAUGUUCUUCCAGUUGUCAUCAUUUCUUCAAGUUUCCUUCCUAUCCAAAGCUUGCAGUGACUUUUUAAUAAAAAGCAUUAAUCUCGUCAAUUGUUUACAUUUAUUAUCUAUAUCAGAUAGCUAUGGUUCAACCCGUUUGUUUGAUCAUGCAUUAUACUUUGUACAACAUCACUUUUCUCUGUUAUUUAAAUCCAAUGAUUUCUUAGAGAUGAAUUUUGGAAUACUGCAAAAAUGUCUGGAAUCAGAUGAAUUAAAUGUUCCUGAAGAAGAAACAGUACUGAAGGUCGUCCUUAAUUGGACAAAACAUAACUUAGAAUCAAGGCAAAAGCAUCUGCCUCAUUUGAUUAAGAAAGUAAGAUUACAUCAGUUAUCCGAGGACACACUUCAAGACUGUCUUCUCAAUGAAGAGUGUUUACUCAAAAGCACAAACUGUUUUGACAUAAUCGUGGAUGCAAUUAAAUGUGUACAAGGUUCUAGUGGACUUUUCCCUGAUGCUCGACCAUCCACAACUGAAAAAUACAUAUUUAUUCAUAAAACUGAAGAAAAUGGAGAAAAUCAAUAUACAUUUUGCUAUAAUAUUAAAACUGACUCAUGGAAAAUAUUACCCCAAUCACACCUGAUUGAUUUGCCAGGGUCUAGUCUGUCUAGCUAUGGAGAGAAAAUAUUCUUGACUGGUGGUUGCAAAGGGAAGUGUUGUAGAAAGGUUCGACUUCAUAUUGCUGAGUCUUACCAUGAUGCCACCGAUCAAACCUGGUGCUACUGCCCAGUCAAAAAUGAUUUCUUCUUGGUAUCAAAUAUGAAAACACCAAGAACCAUGCAUACAUCAGUUAUGGCUCUCAACAGAUUAUUUGUCAUAGGUGGAAAGACUAGGGGAUCUCAGGACAUUAAAAGUCUCCUAGAUGUUGAGUCAUACGAUCCUCUUUCUAAAGAAUGGAUAUCUGUUAGCCCAUUACCUAGAGGCAUAUAUUAUCCAGAAGCAAGUGCAUGCCAAAAUGUAAUUUAUGUUCUUGGAUCAGAGGUAGAAGUUACAGAUGCCUUCAACCCAUCACUUGAUUGCUUUUUUAAAUAUAAUGCUACAACUGAUCAGUGGUCUGAACUAGUAGCAGAGUUUGGGCAAUUUUUUCAUGCUACACUAAUUAAAGCUGUCCCUGUAAAUUGCACACUGUAUAUAUGUGACCUUUCCACCUAUAAGGUUUAUAGUUUUUGUCCAGAUACUUGUGUUUGGAAGGGUGAAGGGUCUUUUGAAUGUGCAGGUUUUAAUGCAGGUGCAAUUGGAAUUGAAGAUAAGAUUUAUAUAUUAGGUGGUGAUUAUGCACCAGAUGAAAUCACAGAUGAAGUACAAGUCUACCACAGCAGCAGGUCAGAGUGGGAAGAAGUUUCACCAAUGCCAAGAGCCUUAACUGAAUUUUACUGCCAGGUGAUUCAGUUCAAUAAAUACAGGGACCCAUGGUUUUCUAAUCAUUUCUAAAAGAAGUAUGUGCUUGGACAUUCUAAAACUACUCCAUUCUUGUAACAUGGUAAAUCUGUUUGCCAUAAUGAUUGGUAGAAAGGUCUUUACAUCUUACUAAAAUAAAAUGUUCCUUCUAUUACAGGACUACUAUGUAUGUAUGCUAGCUAUGAAUAUACAGUUCCCAGAAAUUUAUAAUACACAAUACAUUUACCAAAAAUUAUGUUGAAUGUAAUUUAAUCUUGGAGAAUACAGAAUACUUAGUAUUUUCAUAUGUAAGUAAAAGUCAUAGGCUUUGAUACUUUGAUUUUUUUUAAGUACUUCUCCUAUGAAAGAUUAGUUAAAACAAAGUUCACAGAUUUGUACUAUGUAGAUGGGUAAAUCUCUUGAGGUAGUAAAAAUGAAUUAUACACACUACAUUAUAGGACGUGAAAGAAAGUAUAAGUAGGUGAGAAUCCUUGCUUGAUACUGUCAGCCUAAGAGUUAUUGAAUUCCUGUUCUUUCUGAUCUUAGGUUAACUUUUUUAAACAUUUCUUUCUUUUACCUUUUUUUGGGCCAGAAUUUUUCUAAAAUGAAACAUAUUUCCCCAUCAUUCUAAACAGUAAACCUACAUUAGUUUUUUUUUUUAGUAAUUCAGCUUAAUAAAAUCAUUUUGUACCAAUAUAGAAUACCAUGCUAUUGACAGUUACUUAAAUCUUUUAAAACUGAUUAUUUUUGUUGUCAGUUUAAAUACUUUAGCAGUAUACCUUUCAUCAUAUUUUUUGGCUCAAUAGUAAAUUAACACUCCUUAUUAGUGGUUCUAAGUUAUACCUAGACUGAGUUUAUCUUAACAUGUAACACAUGUAGUGAUAUUCUUAUAUUCUAGGAUGGUAGUCUUAAAAUAUUUUUUUUAUGUAUCAAUGUCAGGUUCCAACAUAAUUGAAGAUAUAGAAAAUUUGACCUCUAGAUAAGUGGAUCUUAUCAUUCCAUUUCUUAAACUUUUUUCAAAUUUCAGCUACAGUAAGAAAUUUUAGGAUUUAUUUGUCACCAUAUCAGUUUUCUGCAAUAACAUAUACAACCUUUAAAGCACUAUUCUGGUUUACUCCUUCGGUAAAUUACUCAUAGUAAAUUAAUUUCUAAUUUAAAAAGAUGACUAAGCUUUUUGGUAUUGAUAAUAGUAUUCACUACCUGUUUAAAUGUUUAAUUUUCAACUCAAGUAAAAAGAAUAUUGGUCUUGUUUUCAAUAGAUGGUUCUGUCUUGCAAGGAAAUGUUUUUUUACUCAGUAUAAAAGACAUUUUACAUUUUAAGAUUCCUGGUUUAUAUCUCAGGUAAUGUGUAGAUUGUAUUUCUCUGGAAUCACAUGUAGUUUCAUAUACUUAGUAGUAACUUUUAAUCUGUAGUAAAUAUAAAGUGGAAAUGUAUUUAAAUGAAGUUUCUUUUAUUCUACCACAAAAAAUUAUGAAAAUAAGUUUCAAAUAUAUUUUUCAAUAUCAAAGAGAAUUUAGAGUACAAACAGGGACUGUCUCCAAUGAGGUGACAGUUACAUAAAGAGAAUUCUAUAGAAUUGGUGGCCUUCCUAUCUAAGCACAUGAUUAGUUGGCUCUGCCCUUUCCUCUAGGUGUGUGUUUAAGAAAGAAAAUUUAAUGGAGGCUUCUCUAUAUUUGUGUGCCUUUGAAAACACAUUAUUUGAGAAAGACUAUAACAGUAAGUGACCUAUAUUUGGAUUUACUGAACCAUUAAUUUAAGCAUAUAUUAAUAGAGUAUGUUUAAAUAUUGUUGUCAUCACUGACUUUAGGAAUUGUUCAUCGCUUCCAGAAAGGAGAACUAAAGCAAAACCAAAUCCUUUUCUGAUACUGUUUCAUUAUUUUAUCAUCUUGAUUUCUACCAUUCUUCUCAUUGGCCAUUGCUUUAUGGUAAUGUUUCUAGAAAUAUCCUUCUUAUCAAAAUGUAGGUAGUUCCCCAUGAAUUUUGUUUUUUACCUUUUUCUAAUGCAGAUUUUCUGCCUUAGUUGCUACAGGGGCUGUGGGUUAUUUCUUGAUCAUUUUCAUGCAUUGUCAUUCCUUUAUAGCACACCUUUCAGCUCUUCUUCAAUUAUCACUGUGAAGAAAAUACUAUGUCUAGUUAUAAGACCCCAAACUCUUCCUGUAUUCACUAUUUUUUCUCAUUGCCUGUGGGCUUUGCACCACUAACUGAUCUUCUAAUUGAAUCUUGUUGUCGUUGUACUUUCAUUUGAUCUAUAUGCCUUAAAAAUGAUUCUGUCUUUAGAUUCCUCAAGGAAUCCAUCUACACAGGUUUAGUGCUGGGUAUAUGCUCUAGUCUUGCCAAUCAUAGCUUCACUGUCUAAGAACAAAAUGUAUCAUUCUGAUCUCAUCAUUCUGGAUUUCUGACAUGCAAAUCUCAGCAAUCCCUCAAGUCUAUUAACAGUACCUCCAAAAGGGGCCAUCUUUUCUGUUUGUAAAUUUAGGUAAGAAAAAAUAACAUUCUUUUAUGAACUCUUCCCUUAGUCAUUAUUUUCAAAUUCUUUCUUCCUUUCAUUUUAUCUUUCAGCCAAUGCUACAGCAUAAGAGACAAUUGUGCUCAUUUUCCAGAUUGUUGUCAUUCCUGUGGAGAAAUUCUGCAUAACAUUUCUAAAUUCAUUAUUGUUUGUCUGUUAGACUACAUUUAUAUUAUGCAUGAAAAAUUAUUUGAAUAUUGUGCUAUCUUUAAAAUUUAAAGGUAUAUGUCAAUAAGUAUAAAAAGAUUAAUGUAUGAGAUAAAAUUCAAUAAAUAUUCCUAGAGUGACCUCUGGAUUUGGGCUAAAAUCUAAUGUAACUUUUGUUCAUCUGCAGCCUUUGAGAUAAAUAAUAUGAAGAAUAUUUGCAUAAUCAAAAUUAACUGAAUUUCCAUAAUAUUCAACCCUGAUACUGGAAAAGAGGGAGUUCUUACAUGCUACCGUUGGAAGUUAGAUUAUUUGAGAGUGACUUUAUACUGCAAUAUGAUUCCAUUUUCUAAGAGGAACAGCUGAAUAUGUAUUGAGUGUGCUUAGCUCAAGGUACAUCACUUGAAAAUCAGAAUUGCACAGAGAAAUGCAUUUGUUUAUAUUUUGAUAUUUGAAAGCAAAAAAUACUGUGAUGUAAUGAAUAAAUAGUUAAAUGUAUAAUAUUACUUUGAGAUUUUAAUUGGAUCUAGUAUUCUGGAAAUUAUCUGUAUUUAGAAUUGAAGUGUAAUAUCCCAAAUGUUUUUUCCAGAGGGCAGCUCUGGAGGAACUCCUAAACACAAGGGCUGAAAUUUAUAGGAAACCAGAUUUAUGUCUAAGAAACAACUUUACUCCACGAAGUCCUCUUUAUGAAGUCCUACUUUAGAAUGCGACUAUUUAUCAAGGACUGUGGCGUUUGACAAAUUGUUAGCUCAGUGAUUUCCUGCACAGGAGUGCAUGACCAAAGAUUUUUGCAUUCUAUUUAUACAUUUUGAUUUCAAUCAUUUUCCUUAUAUGGACUAAUUGCUUCUUCCUCUAGUUAGCAAUUUAGAUAUCUGAUUUCAAUGGUUGUGCAUACUCAAGAUUUUUCAAUAGGACCUGAGACUUCAAAUUGUUUAAUUUGAGGAGUAUUUUGGUUAACGGGGAUUUUUUUUUCUUUUAAUCACUCAGGAAAAGUUGGUAAAUGGUGCUGACAUUUAUAGUGAAAUAUUGACUGGGAUUUUCCCUUAUACUUACCAUAGAUGCAUGUUUGUCUUAUAGUGAAUAAAAACUAAAAGCCAGUUUCUCUGAGCUUUGUUUUUAUCUUCAUGGAAAUGUAUUUAUACAACCAAAGAUAGUGAUUUCCAUUGAUAUUAUUUAAUUUUGAACUCUAAAAAAUUAUGUUUAUAAAUUAUAUUUGAUGACUGAUGCUUAGUCAAAUUUAAUAACAAAAUAAGAAAUUUAAUCAUAGAAUGAUACUAUUAUACAUUUAUCAAAAGGUAAGUCUUCUAAAUCAUAGACUUCAAAUUUGAAAUUAACCUUGAAAUCUAAUACAGUUUCCAAUCUGGAGUAGAAAUUCCCUCUAAAUUUGAAAACCUGGACAUGUGAUUUUUUUUUUUUCAGCUCUCAGUGCUUUAAGAGGUAAAGAAUCACCAUCUUCAUUUUUGAAUUGUUCUAUUAGAAACAUUGGAAAUAGCUCUGAAUUGCUAUAAAACUUCCAGCGGUUGAUCAGAGGUUUCUGACUCUGUCUGCAAGUCAUUCAAGUGUUUGAAACAGUACCAUGUCUCUCAUCCUUCCUAAACAGGCUCUCAUUUUCAUCUCCCACAAAGGCUGGAUUACAUACCUGUUCCUUAUACAGUUGCCUCAGAGAAUCUAUCCCUUGCUUUUUUCUUUUCUUUUCUUUUCUUUCUUUCUUUUUUCUUUUGGUGGAUUGAGCCUGACUAGCAUUGCAGAAUCUAUUUCACAUUUGGAUAGUGCCUCACUGUCUAUUCCCAGUGUACUUAAAAAUUAAGACCUCUCAUUCUCUCAUCUAUCUCUUUAGCUUUUGUAAAUCCCACCAAUGCUAGAGCUCUACUUGCUUUCUCACACAAUCAUAAUCAUUUUCUGAGUGAGGAAUUCUAAAGCAAACUUUAAUGUCAAUCUUUUGUUAUUUUAUGUAGUUUUCAAAUUUUUAGAAAUACUCUACAAAAGAUUUUAAAAUGUAAACCAAAACUAGUAACCAAAGCAGUUAUAUAAUAAGAAGUAGUCAAUAAGAGGACAAUUUUCUUAGCAAUUAAUAGAGACCAGCCUAUGAUGGUAACUAUUUAAAUCUGGAGAUUCAUUUAUGGUGUUAGUUUGAUAGAGAAUGAUAUUUUCAUGAAACAGGGUCAUAAAUAGCUUAUGGGCCAGGGAGCUUUUUUCAUUUCAUUACCAUUGACAACAUUUCCAACCAUAAUACCUAACUAGCUCAACAAAUUAAGCUAUUGGGUUCAAAUGUAACAAGGUUGCUGAAAAUAACUCAAGAGUACAGUCUUCUGGUAGUGAGCAUCCCAUUGUAUAAAUAUUUUAUAAAUGUCUGUCUUCCUCACAUAACUAGAAGCUCUUAGGGAUAGGGACAUAGCUUCAUCAUUUCAGAAUCCAGCAACUAGCACACUGCCCAUCCUAAUAAGGCACCCAACAAACUGAUAUUUUAUUGAGCAAUAGGUGAAGCAAAAUAUAUUUAUCAUAGUUAUAGUGUAAUUGAAUGAAAUUGAUAUAUCUGCAGUCUGUUUUCAUGUACAAAGGAAAUUAUUUUAUGUUAAGAGUUUACAUUUUAGAAUGGUACUACAUUGUACUUCAGUUAUCAAUGUAUGUGUUAAUUCUUUUUAUAAUGCCUAAUAAUUGUUUAUGUUUAAAGUAUGAGAAAAUUGGUUUAGGCCAGUUUCUAUGACUUCAGCUUCUGUUUCCUUUGUUUACUACACAGAAAGGUUAAUCAGAAGCAUUUUUUUGAGAGUAAAAUCACAUUAUUCACUAUACUGCCGACCUUUGGAGAGCAUGUAUAGCUGAUUGUAUAGUCGUGUAUGUAUAAUUAGUUCUUGAAGGUGAGAUUACAGAUUUAAAGUCAUUUAUUCACUUAAUUCUUUAGUGCUUGUAGAUUGUUUUGUUUUCAUGAAUUUUAACUAUAAUAUCUUCACUCAAAGGCAAUAAUGGAUAAGACAAUGACUGCAAGUUUCUUUAAUACAUAUGCAAGCCCCAUUUUUCCUAUAAGAGCAUGAUAGCUUCAGUGAUCUUUCUCCCACUUGGGUUGGGGGAGGAUAGUGCUCAAAGCUACUUGCACUGCAUACACGGGUAACUUACUACAUUUCUUUAUUAGUGGAAUGUGGGCUUUUGGAUAUGCUAUGAGAAAUAAAAUCAGCAUUUUUGCAGGUCCAUAUUGAACAUACUAACAUGUAGUGAAACUUUUCAAUUCUAUAAAGUAAUUAUUUAUUAAAAUGUAUCUCAGAAAAAAUAUAUUGUCUGUAUGUAUUAUUACUAGAAAUAAAAGAGGUAGAGAAAGGCAA